CGUCGAGCGAAAUGCAGAAGGUCCUCUUAGAGGACAUUUACCAGGGAAUGCCAACUAGAUCCGACCGUAAUCGACUUCCUCGAAGCGCACGCCACCGGCACCAAGGUCGGCGAUCCCGAGGAAAUGGGCGCAAUAGAACCAGUCUUCUGCGCCCACCGCGAUAAGCCACUGAUCGCCGGCUCCAUCAAGUCCUACCUUGGUCACACGGAGGGCGCGAGUGGAUUGUGCUCGAUAGUCAAGGUUUUGCUCGGAAUGGAGAACGACUGCAUUUUGCCAAACAUCCACUACGAGAAACCACGGCAGUGCAUAAAGUCUUUGGUCGAUGGCAGAGUGGUGGUUCCCUUGGACAAAAUGCCGUGGCCGGAAAACGGCUCGGGGAUGGUUGCGGUUAACUGCUUCGGCGUUGGCGGGUCGAAUGCGCACGUUGUCCUUAAGAGGUUCGAACAACGAAAGGUUAAUGGAGGACUGCCCGAAGAUGACUUACCGCGACUCAUGUGCGUAAGUGGUCGCGUGCCGGAAUCUCUGAAAACCAUCUUUGAUGACAUCGGUGGGCGUAAACUGGACGCCGAGUAUUGCAGGUUACUUCAACAGGCAUUCAAGGGUAUUAAUUCUGAGCACCCUUAUCGUGGGUACAUUAUCCACUCCAAGGCUGGCGAACUGAAGCGGAGCUCGACGAGGUUCGACGAUAAGAGUCGAGUAUGUCUGCUCCUUCCAGGACCAACCUUGGACCUUCUCGACAUCGGCAGUGGACUGUUCAGGUUUUCAGUGUUUUUCGCGUCGAUACAGAGAAUCGCCUCACUACUACCGUCCCAAGUUGAUGUGGUCAAGAUAAUCAAAAAUUGCGAUUGUAAAGACGGACGAGAGUUAGUACUCGCUAGUUUAGCCAUUCAGCUCGCUUUCAUAGAGCUGCUCAAGGGGUUGAAUUUAUCGUUAGACUGCGCGGCGGGGAUGUCCAUCGGGGAGUUAUCCGCCGGUUACGCAAACGGGCGGAUCAAUUUUGAACAGGCAAUCGCGGUCGGGUACGAAAUUUCUCGACUGGUGGGCGAUGAUCUGCGUCUCGAUUACGCUUUAAGUACCAAAAGCUCGGUGCUGUUGAGCCGGCUACAAAAGGUGAUGCCCAAUCCGGAAGGGAUACUUCACAGUCUUCUAAAUCCCAAACCUUUGGAAGCGCGCUUGGUGCAACAGGGUCGUUAUACCGAGCUGGCCGUUGUCGUACUCGGUUCGGAUCACAUCCAACUGAAUGGUUUCACCUCCUUGCACGUUUCGGGAUUGGAUGCCGUGACCUCAUUUCUGGAUGUGGUGGGAAGCCUUUAUAUGCUCGGUCACAAUCCCAACGUGGAAGCUCUGUACCCGCCAGUCAAGUGGCCGGUUAGUAGAGGUACGCCCAUGAUCUCGCCACUAAUAAAGUGGAACUACGACAUGGAUUGGUUUACGAUGGUCCACACGGAGGAGGUCUUGCAUCCAGGCACUCAAGUGAUUCCUUUGAUCAAUAAGGACAUUGACUGGUCUAUCUUACCAGGGCACGUCAUUGAUGGCAUGACGAUAAUGCCCGCAACCGGUUUCCUCUUCAUGGUCUGGGAGACGUACUGUAAAAUUGUGGAUGUUCCAAUAGCCGGCUCUCGGGUGAGCUUCGACAACGUGCGUUUCCACAAAGCCGUCCACAUUUCCAAAAUAUCGGAGAUGGAAUUUAAGAUCACCAUAACCCGAGGAACCAACAGAUUUGAGAUCGGAGACGUCGAUGAAGUGAUCGUCUCCGGAAGCAUACGCACCCUCUCACACACGGACGAAUUCAUUGACCUUUCCUUGUCACCUGAAGAUGACGGGGGAAUCUCCUUCGCAACAAAAGAUAUUUACAAAGAGCUACGCCUGCGGGGUUACAACUACUCGGGAGCGUUUCGCGCGCAGGAAAAAGCCCAUAUAACGGGAUUGAUCAGCUCGAUUAAAUGGGACCGUAACUGGAUCGCAUUUAUCGAUAACAUGAUGCAGACAAAGAUUCUCGGGGAAGAUACGCGGAGUCUGUACGUCCCCACGUUCAUCGGUCAGUUGAAGAUUGACGCCAUGAAGCACUUCGAGUACGUUAAGGAGUUGGACAAUCCAUCUCUACUGCCUGUGUACAACCACCGCGAGUCAGAUGCCAUCAGGUGUGGAGGUAUCGAGCUGCGGAAGCUUUACGCAACGCCCAUUCUACGCCGUAAGGUGACCGCCGAGCCGGUCCUGGAGACGCACAAGUUCGUACCGUUUAACACCGAGCUGCCCAUGCAAUCUGCGGUACGCGUCCUGGUGCAGAUCUUCCUUGAGAACACUUUCUCGCUGAAGGUUAAAAUCGUGGAGGUCGCGAAAAUGGACGCGAUUGCUCCAAUCCUGCAAGAGGCUUUGAACGAUCAGCCGCUGGUUAAAACCGAAGUUACAAUUUUGGGCGGCGAAAAUUUAACGGUUCCAAACAUGAAGGUCCACAACAAGGCGUUGUCCGCCGAAAAGAAAUGCGCGAUAGUCAUUCUCGAGAGGGGAUCGGGUAACAGUGAACUCCUCCAGGAGGCUGAAGGCGUCCUCAAGGAGAACGGCAUUAUUAUUUCAAGGGAGAAAGGCGAGUUCGCUCCAAAUUUCCCUAGUCUCGCGCUUCUGGCGCAAGUUAAAACUGAAACUGAAACGCUGGUGUUGCUGAGGAAGGUUGUGAGUUACCCGAAAGAGCACGUGGUCAUGGCCAAGUUUGAUGGUACAACUUACGACUGGUUGCCCAAACUUCAGAGUGCCAUGCGCAAUGAAACCAAAACGUUGGUGGUCGUCGAAAAUGAGCCCCUAGGCGGCGUCCUCGGAUUUGUCAAUUGUCUAAGACGCGAACCUGGAGGGAUGAACUUGAAAUGCGUGUUUGUUCAGGACGAGGACGUUAAAUUUAACCUAUCUGAUCCACUCUUCAGCGAACAGCUGAGCAAAGACUUAGCGAUUAACGUGUUGAACCAAGGCGCUUGGGGUACCUAUCGACAUCUGCCACUGGAGCGCGUGGGGGAAGUUGAAAGGCAGCAUGUCUUUUGCAACCAGAACGUGGUUGGAAACUUGUCGACGCUAAGUUGGGUCGAAGGGGUCGUCUCAAAGGUCAACGCUCAGGAGCCAGAACGAUUGGUCAAGGUAUACGCCAGUUCCAUCAACUUCCUGAAUAUUAUGUUGGCUUCCGGUCGUGUUCCUUUGGAGGCGUUCAUAAAGGAUCGGCUUGCUUUAGCCACAGCGCAAGGUCUUGAGUACGCUGGCAUAGAUGCAAGGGGCGAGAGGGUAAUGGGAUUUGUACAGUGUGGGGCUAUGGCCAGUUCCGUUGUCCCCGACAGUGAGAUGAUCUGGAGGAUACCAGGGGAGUGGACAAUGUCUCAGGCCGUCAGUGUUCCGAUGGCCUACUCAACUGUAUUGUGCAGUUUCUUUGUGAGCGCCCAUCUCAAACCGGGACAAAGUCUCCUGAUACACUCCGGGGCUGGAGGCGUAGGGCAGUCAGCUAUUCACAUCGCCUUGUUUUACAAGUGCCAAAUAUUCACAACUGUCGGUACCGAGGAGAAGAGAAAGUUCAUCAUGGAAACAUUCCCAGAAAUACCAGCUAGCCACAUCGGCAACUCUCGCGACACCUCCUUCGUGCAGAUGGUUUUAAAGUACACGAAAGGAAGGGGGGUCGACUUGGUUCUAAACUCCCUGGCCGAGGAAAAACUAAAAGCGUCACUUCAGUGCCUUGCGCCGAAAGGAUACUUCGUCGAGAUAGGCAAAUACGACUUGGUCAACAGCAACAAACUUGCACUUUCUGCACUUAGCAAAGGGCGUAGUUAUGCCGGCUGCAUGUUAGACAUGUACUUCAAAGACGCCCACAAUCAAAAGCACAAACUACAACAAAUCCUGGAUCAGUUCUUGAAACAAGGGGCGGUUAAACCUUUGCACAUUACCACAUUCAACAUGGAUCAAGUGGAAGAAGCCUACCGUUACAUGGCGGCAGGUAAACACAUAGGAAAAGUCGUCGUUAAGAUACGCGAUGAGAAGCAGCAAUCGCCCGGCCUAUUCAAGGCUCUCCCAAGAUUCUCCUGCGACCCUUCCAUGACGUACAUCAUUUUAGGAGGCUUGGGAGGCUUUGGACUGGAACUGGUUGAUUGGUUGAUACUAAGAGGUGCCCGAAAGUUGGUUUUAGUCUCUCGAAGUGGUGUCAGAAAUGGCUACGCUGCGUCGCGACUUAGAGUUUGGAAAACGUACGAGGCUGUCAUAAGGGUGGCCACAGAGGACGUCACCACCGAAGAAGGGUGUGUACAACUAUUGGAGAGCUCGGAGAAGCUUGCACCCGUAGCCGCGAUCUUCAAUUUGGCGGUGGUUCUUCGGGACGACCUCUUCGAGAACCAGACGGAGGAGAACUUCGUAAAAGUGCUCUCGCCGAAGGCCCGUGCAACGCAGCACCUAGAUGCCCUAAGCCGGCAGGUCUGCCCCCAUCUACAGCACUUCGUUGUGUUCUCGUCGGUCUCGUGUGGAAGGGGCAAUACAGGUCAGACCACCUACGGCAUGGCCAACUCGAUCAUGGAAAGGAUUUGCGAGAAAAGGAAACGGGAGGGCUACCCAGGUUUGGCAAUACAGUGGGGAGCGAUCGGAGAGGUCGGCCUGGUUGCAGAAAUGCAAGAGCAGCACAAAGAAAUUGUGAUUGGGGGCACACUGCCACAGCGUGUCUCGUCUUGUCUGAGCACCUUGGAAACCUUCCUCUUGCAAAACGAGUCCGUCGUAGCAAGUAUGGUAGUUGCGGAAAAGAAGAGCAUCGCCGAAGGCACCGAAAGCGUCAUGAUCGCUAUCAAAAGCAUCAUGGGAAUAACCGAUAUGACGACGAUCAGCGAGCACGUCACCUUAUCCGAAAUGGGUAUGGACUCCAUGACCACGGUUGAAAUAAAGCAGACCCUCGAACGUGACUGUGAAGUCUUCCUAAGCCCUAAAGAAAUCCGAACCCUCACCUUCGCCAAACUAAAAGAGCGGUUAUUCAAAGAAGCAUUAGACCCCGUAGCUCCAACCCUCCCCCCACGUACUAAAAUUUUCAUCACUCACCUCGGCACGGAGGAGGAAUCGAAAAUACCACUAAAGCAAAUGGAAAGUUUGGCUAAGAAAGAAGAUGAGGCACCAUUGGCAAUUUUUCUGCCGGGAAUUGAAGGAGUAGCCGAAACCAUGGAGUCCUUGGCUAAGAAGCUAAACGCUCAUGUGGAGUGUGUUCAGUAUGCAAACGACGCCAGCGAUUUCCGCUUGGAAGCCUUCGCUAAAUCACUACUAAAGCUAAUACCCCACGUCGAACAUCACUUUAACCUCGUAGCAUAUUCGUAUGGUUGCGUUGUCGCGUUAGAGCUCGCUUCCAUCUUAGAAGUCCGUGGAUUGAUCGGAAAAGUGGUUUUAAUCGACGGCGCGCCGGAGAUGCUAAAGAAACUCAUAAAGCUACAGUACCCGUCGGAACAUGAGCCGGAGGCCUCAUUGGAGACGGCCGUACUGUUUAACAUAAUCACCUCAUACGCACCCAUGGAGGUUACAAUGGUGCACCAGGAAGCUGUCCGCCAGUUGCGCACGUUGGAGGAACGCGUCGAGUACCUACUGGAAGCGAUACCCGAAGGAAUUCCACAUUCGAAAGAGCACCAAAGGCGGGUGGCCAUCGCCAUCUGCGAGAAAACGAAAUCCGUCUAUAAUUACGAGGCGAAGUUUCCAAAGCUGAAGUCGGAGGUGACGCUGAUCAAGCCGAACGAAUCGCCCUUCGUCAACUACGACGAGAACUACGGACUGCAGAAGCUGUGCGAGAAACCCGUUCGGGUGCAUACGGUCGUAGGGACCCACACGACCGUCGUGCAGAAUCCCGAGCUUGCCGACUAUAUCAAUAAGAUAAUCAACAAUAAAGAGCAAUAGUUCUCUAGACGCACUUACACCUUGGAAGACUUAUCACCCAGAUCUUACAUGCUUUAGGAUAUACGAAACCCUGAGUAUCUUCGGAACUCAGCAUCGUUAUAUUCAUUUUCCGCCUAUUUCCGUAAAGUCGAAGAAUGUCUUCAAAAUUAUUACAUAAUGUUUAACAUUUACAUACGCAAAACUUUAAAAAAUUUUCUAAUUUUUGUUCUUAGUCGCAAUGAAAAUGUUCUAAACUCUU